CUUCCGGUCGUAGGCUAGUGCCGUUAGCUUGACUGAGCUCCGUCCAUCAGCGGCGCUGAGCAGAGACAACAGAGUCCAGGUGGCUACGAGGAUGAUUUAUGUUCAUACACUGUUGCGCCUCUCAGGAUACUCGGGAUAAAAAUGUCAAUAGCAACUUCAGUUUCCACGCUUUGGUAGAAGAAGAGCUUCGGGGGGGGGGGGGGGAGUUUGUUUUUCGCAGUAAUUAAAGAAAUUAUCAACUGGAAAGAGAAGUUGGACGUCGUUCACUGAGGGUAAUUAGUUGUAACCUCGGACCAUGGCCUACACUCUAGGCUCGGCCAAUGAGGGCCAGACGCGCAGCGUCGCACCUCAGCACUGCGUCACUCGGGUGGAGUUGUCCGUCACCGCAGCCAACCUGCUGGACCGAGAUGUAGCCUCCAAGUCCGACCCCUUCUGUGUUCUCUUCCAUGAAGUGGAUGGAAACUGGGUGGAGCUGGGGCGCACUGAAACAGCUGUGAACAACUUGAACCCGGUGUUUGGAGUGAAGUUUCAGGUGGACUACCACUUUGAGGAGGUUCAGAAGCUUCGCUUUGCCAUGUUCGAUGAAGACAAGUGUGCCACGCAGCUCUACGAGCACGACUUCUUGGGGGAGUUCAUUUGCACACUGGGAGUGAUUGUGUCCAAUAAGAAACUUCACAGACCGUUGAUCUUAGCCAAUGGGAAGCCAGCAGGCAAAGGAUCCAUUACGAUAACAGCUCAGGAGCUGUCUGACAACAGAAUCAUCACUUUGACCCUGAGUGGGCGUAAACUGGAUAAGAAGGACUUCUUCGGGAAGUCGGACCCCUACCUGGAGUUUCACAAACAGGGAGAAGACGGCAAAUGGAUGCUGGUGCACAGGACAGAGGUCAUUAAGAACACUUUAGAUCCAGCAUGGAAAUCCUUCACUGUACCACUAAUUUCUCUGUGCAAUGGAGAUGUGGACAGAAACAUCAAGGUCCUGUGUUACGACUACGAUAAUGAUGGAGGCCACGACUUCAUAGGAGAGUUUCAAACCACGGUUACCAAGAUGAGUGAAGCUCAGAACUCAGUGGAGGUGGAGUUCGACUGCAUCAACCCCAAGAAACAGAAGAAGAAGAAGAAUUAUAAAAACUCUGGAAUUAUCAUUGUCAAGUUAUGUAAGAUUACAAGAGACUACACUUUUCUGGAUUACAUACUGGGAGGAUGCCAGCUCAUGUUUACAGUCGGUAUAGACUUCACAGCAUCUAAUGGGAACCCUCGGGAGCCGUCCUCCCUCCACUACAUUAACCCACUGGGCAGCAACGAGUAUCUCGCCGCAAUUUUGGCUGUGGGACAAAUCAUACAGGACUAUGAUACCGACAAAAUGUUUCCUGCUCUGGGAUUUGGAGCCCAACUCCCACCAGACUGGAAGGUGUCACAUGAAUUUGCCAUCAACUUUAACCCCACCAACCCCUUCUGUUCAGGUGUCGAGGGUAUUGCCCAGGCCUACUCGGCCUGUCUCCCUCACAUUCGUUUCUACGGCCCGACAAACUUUUCUCCAAUCAUCAGCCAUGUAGCACGUUUUGCUGCCCAGGCACUUCAGCAAGAGAAAGCAGCGCAGUACUUCACUCUCCUCAUUAUAACAGACGGUGUCAUUAGCGAUAUGGACGAGACACGUCACGCCAUCGUACAGGCGUCAAAGCUACCCAUGUCCAUAAUCAUCAUCGGCGUGGGCAACGCAGACUUUGCUGCCAUGGAGUUCUUAGAUGGAGACGCCAGCGUUUUGAGGUCCAACACAGGAGAGGAGGCUGUUCGGGACAUUGUGCAGUUCGUCCCUUUCAGGGAUUUCCGUAAUGCACCCAAGGAGACCCUUGCUAAGUCGGUCCUGGCCGAGCUGCCUCAGCAGGUCACCCAGUACUUUAAACAGCGGAAUCUACCUCCCACCAACCCAGCACCGGAGUGACAUGCCCCGAAGACGAGAGCCCACACGCUGUACAAUAGCUCAACAAAACCUCUCUUCUCGUUAACAGCAAACAAUACAGAGUGAAAGUGUGUAUAUCAGCUGUGAACAAAAAUAAGUUGUGGACAAAAAGACAAAACAUUGAAGACAUCCCUGUCAUUAUAAUUGAAAAGUUUUUACUUCUUAAAGAAUGUUUGGCUAAUAUCCAGUGUGAAUCCAUCCGAAAUGAUAUUUUCUGUUUCGUAAAGCUUUCCAGAAGACACACACACACACACACACACACACACACACACACACUAUGAUGAUAAUGUGUAAAGGACCUUGCAUGUCUCCAGUGAUGGCAGGUGUGUCCAAAUGAUAUGGAUAUAUAUGAAUAUGCAGGUAAAACACUGGCCUUUUUUUUAGAGAAAUGAAAAAAUAUCUUGAUUCAUCGGGAUGUAGUUUUCUUUUCUUUUGCAUGUGAGUGUCUUGUGAUUGAUACCAUGUAAUACAUACAACUCCUCGGUGUAAAGUCCUCUCUAAGCUGAAAUAUAUCAGUGGUUGAAUCCCCUCCUGUUGUCCUAUGGAACCUUUCCAGGUAGCAGAUCAGAUGAAGGCUGUUUGCUUUUGUGCUCACAUGUGGCGGACUGAACAGAGCACUGGGGUGAGUCUUGAUCACCAGUCAUCUGAUAGGCAGGUUUUAUUGCUCCACUGUGCUUAUUUGAUUUAAGAGGACAGAAUCAGAGGAGGAUGAGGCCAUAGUGGCAGCUGUAGCACUAACACAGGAUAGAUGUGGGAUACUGUGUGAACUCAUUAGGCUGUUAAAAACGGGGCCGUUUUGCUAGCUUUUGCAAACUCCUUUGAUUUCUAAUGACUUCGGUUCAUCCUGCAUGUUGCCAAUAUCUACUCACUGUUUACAAACUGAUGCUGAUGAUCACAAACGCAUGAUUUCUUUGUUCUUCUCAAAUUAUGUAUUUAUCAGAUUUUGUAAAUAUUUUAAUGAGAUUCUGUUGAAAGGGAAAGAAGUGUUACAUUGCAUAGAACGUGUCCGAGAAGGCUUGUUAGUGUCAGAGUUUUACAGAGUGGAAACAGAAGAGGAGUUUCUGAUAUGCAUAUGUAUCGAAUGUAUAUUUAUAUGAUGCUGUUUAUGUUUAGUCAAUGUUUCUGACAUGUUUUUAAUGUACUUUUUAUGCAGUGCUGAAUUGUGUAUUUCAACUACUACUAUGUGUAUUGCUGUGCAUCUUUGUACUAAAUGUGUUGCUAUUGAUUUUAUAAAGUUUUGUCUAUGUCCACUCUCAGGUUAAUAAACUGAAGGAAAUGUCA